GGUGUCUCAUUUUCCUCUUAACGACACAUAGGGGUUUAGCUUGGGACAGCAACCUUUGCAACUGUGAGCAGGUGCCAAGUACUGUUGAAAACUGAAAUCCGUAUCUCCAUAAAGGCUGCCAGCAGGGAAGCAUGAAUUACUGUAAAACUUUCAGGUAAACAAAUUCCGACUUUGGACUUGAUAUAACAUAGUGGCCCAACAGUAGCAGAUGAUCACUCCAACAUCCUUAAUUACGGUGGAAACUACAUGCUGGUCCUUGAGUAACCAAGAUGAUGUGCCUCGUUGCGCUAACUCUAGACUGUGGGACCUUAGGUGGACUUUAAUUUUCAAGUCAAAUGGCAAAUAGAAAAAAAAGAGACCUGAAACCAAAUAGAAACUGUCCAGUGAGUGGUGGCAUGUCAAUAGAUAGCGCUAGAGUUAGCGCUAGAAUAAUGGCUGAUGAUGCAGGCAGGUAGGGAUGAGCAGGGGACCAGAAGAUGCAGGUACUGACAGACUUAGACUGAGUGACGAAGGCAGGAGCUGAUCUGGUGCAGGCCGAUGAACCGCCAGAACAGGCAGAGCAAGCAGCUGGAACUCAGAGAACAGGGCAGAACUGAGCAGCACACAGGCACUGGAAACUUAUGUGAGCAAGGGCUGAACUCUAGCAGAAAUUCCAAGUCCAAACUGAGCACACAGAAACUGGGCAAGUCAAGGCAGCAGUGCGCAUGAGGCCAGACAAGAUGUUCUGCCUGUGAGUGGAUGACUGAGGCAGGUAUAAGUAGGCAUGUGGACAGGUGAGCAGAGUUGACUCUACUUAGAGCAGCGGGUGGAUCUGAUUGAGAUAGUGGCGGCUGGCUGAGAGGUGACAGGCUGAAACUAGAAAAAGUCCAAAACAAAGAAAAACCUAAAUUGUGACACCCCCAUUUGUGAAGUGUCCUAUAGGCUUUCCCUUUUUUUAAAUGGAAAUGCAAAAAUUAUUGAAGUGUUCAUUCAUUUAAUAAUGGUUAUGUACACUGUUAUUUUAUGGAGUCAUGGAGUCUGAAAAGUAAAAAAAAAAAACCCACCUGCACACUGAAUAUCUGUUCGUUUUUAAGGACGUGAAAGGCACAGAAGAAAAAAGUUGUUCGUUUAAAAAAAUGAAAAAUGACAAGAGCAUAUCAUCAUCUUAAGCAAUACAUUCUGGGUGGAUAAAGAAUUAAUAUGUAUUUACUAUAUUAUUGUAAAUGGGUACGUUUCUUAUGAUCAGCGGAACCCAUUGGGUUUUUAUCUAAUAAGUCAAUAUAAGCUGUGAUCUCACUUGAAAUUGAGCGUUUACAAUUUGACGACGGUCCCUAACUUCAGCAGGCCAUCUCUAUCUGUACUGUCCAUCGGAGUGUUUCCACAGCGCUGCGUGCUGUCGGGCUGCGGCUGAAAAAACCACCUUCCGUGCGCCACCAUGUGAGGUUUGCGGUCCUGGCAGAUCGCGCUGCGGGUCAUCGGCGAGCUCGGAAGGGACGCAUCGAGCCGGGUCCACCCCCAGCAGCUGGUGCUGCCGCUCCGGCUGUGUCAAAGGCAAAGGACCCGACCAUCUGCGGCGGAGAGGGGGUAGCCUGCUAAGCCGCUUAUACGGCACCGCACACGGGCCUGCUGGUGGAACCAUGAGAAGAACGCAAGCCUUCGUGGGUUUUUUGGAAGAAUGACAGGUAAAAUGUUUCGGUCGGAACAGCUGGAGUCCAAAUAACGGAAUCAGGCACCCUGAAGGAAUGUUCACCCUCACAGAAGUAGCAUCUCUCAAUGACAUCCAGCCAACUUAUAGGAUUCUGAAACCAUGGUGGGAUGUCUUUAUGGAUUAUCUUGGCAUCGUCAUGCUGAUGUUGGCCAUAUUCUCUGGAACCAUGCAGCUGACCAAGGACCAGGUCGUUUGUCUUCCCAUCUUGGAGCAAACACAAGAUGUGUCACAGGGCUUCUUGGAAACCCAAACCCCAGAGCCAGGGGAUGGUUUCUGGAACAAGGAGAAUGCAAUUGGAGAGCAAGCUGCACCUCUAAUGUCAAAACGGCCUCCUAACGGCAUUUUCCCCUCAAAUCCUUUUCCACAAUCACCUGCAUUCAUACAGCCACAGCCUAAAGGUGUCAGAACCAAGCUGGAUUUUCAGCAGUAUGUUUUUGUCAAUCAGAUGUGCUACCAUGUUGCCCUUCCUUGGUAUUCUAAAUAUUUCCCUUACCUUGCUUUAAUUCAUACUAUUGUAUUAAUGGUCAGCAGCAACUUCUGGUUCAAAUACCCAAAGACAAGUUCAAAAGUGGAACAUUUUGUUUCCAUACUUGGAAAAUGCUUUGAGUCACCUUGGACAACCAAAGCCCUUUCUGAGACCGCAUGCGAGGACUCAGAGGAGAAUAAGCAGAGGUUGGCUGGUGCCUCCACUCUCCUAAAGCAUCUGUCCACAAGCAGCGAGGAGGGCAGUCCAAACCAGUCUGCCACAGUGGGAAACAAACCGGGAGUUGCCUUUUCUACCGAAAAGCUUGUGAGUGAAGUUCCUUCCAUGACCAUACUGGACAAGAAAGACGGCGAGCAGGCCAAGGCCCUGUUUGAGAAGGUCCGGAAAUUCCGUGCGCACGUGGAAGACAGUGAUUUGAUAUACAGACUCUAUGCCAUUCAGACUGUCAUCAAAACUGUGAAAUUUAUUUUGAUCCUGUGCUACACAAUGACAUUCGUGGCAUCUAUAGACUUUGACCAUGUGUGCGAGCCAGAAAUAAAGCAUUUGACUGGAUAUUCCAAGUUUCACUGCACCCAUAACAUGGCUUUUAUGUUGAAGAAACUCCUUGUCUGUUAUAUCGCGCUCAUAUGUGUUUAUGGAGUGAUCUGCAUUUACACAUUGUUCUGGCUUUUUCGUCGUCCUCUGAAGGAGUAUUCCUUUGAAAAGGUCAGAGAGGAGAGCAGUUUCAGUGACAUACCUGAUGUUAAGAAUGACUUUGCUUUCCUCCUCCACAUGGUUGAUCAGUAUGACUUGUUGUAUUCAAAGCGUUUUGGGGUUUUUCUGUCUGAGGUGAGUGAGAACAAACUUCGAGAGAUCAGCCUUAAUCAUGAGUGGACCUUUGAGAAGUUACGGCAACAUGUGACCCGCAAUCCUCAAGACAAGUUGGAGCUUCAUCUUUUCAUGCUGUCCGGUUUGCCAGACGCCGUGUUUGAGCUUACAGACUUGGAAAUCCUGAAAUUAGAAUUGAUUCCAGAGGCCAAGAUAACAGCUAAGAUCUCACAAAUGAUCAAUCUUCAGGAGUUGCACUUUUACCACUGUCCAGCCAAAGUUGAGCAGACUGCUUUUAUUUUCCUCUGUGAUCACCUCCGGUGCCUUCAUGUCAAGUUCACGGAUGUUGCUGAGAUCCCUAGCUGGGUGUACUUGUUAAAGAAUUUGCGGGAGUUAUAUUUGGUUGGUAACCUGAACUCUGAAAACAACAAACUGAUUGGACUUGAGUCUCUGCGAGAUCUCCGGCAUUUGAAGAUUUUGCAUCUUAAAAGCAACCUGACAAAGAUCCCCACAAACAUCACGGACCUCUCGCCGCACCUGGUCAGGUUGGUUAUUCACAAUGAUGGCACUAAGCUCUUAGUGCUAAAUACUUUAAAGAAAAUUAUUAAUCUCGCAGAGCUGGAGUUGCAUAACUGUGAGCUGGAGCGCAUACCCCAUGCCAUCUUCAGCUUGAACAACCUUCAGGAACUUGAUCUAAAAUCAAACAACAUCCGUACUAUCGAAGAGGUCAUCAGCUUCCAGCACCUCAAAAGACUAACUUGUCUCAAACUGUGGUACAACAAAAUCAUCAGUAUUCCAUUGUCAAUCAGUCAUGUGAAAAACCUGGAGUCUCUCUAUCUCUCACACAACAAGCUAGAAUCUCUGCCCUCUCCGUUAUUCACUCUGCUCAAGUUGAGGUACCUUGAUCUUAGUCAUAAUUCAGUAGUGGUAAUCCCACCAGAAGUGGGCUUCCUGCAAAACCUCCAACAUUUUGCCAUCACAGGCAACAAAGUCGAAGUAGUCCCAAAGCAGCUGUUUAAGUGCGUAAAGCUAAGGACAUUAUGUCUCGGCCACAACUGCAUCACCUCAGUACCGGAAAAAAUCGGCCACCUCUCACAACUCACACACUUGGAAUUGAAGGGAAACUGCCUGGACCGUCUCCCGGUUCAGCUCGGUCAUUGCAGCCUGCUUCGCAAGAGCUGUCUGGUCGUAGAGGACCAUCUGUUUGACUCCCUUCCUAUUGAAGUCAAAGAAAGCAUAAAUCAGGAAGCUAGUGUUUCCUUUGCAAAUGGGUGUAAGUGUUUAAUGGAAGGGCGGUAGCCUACUGGCUUUUUAUGCGGUUUUGCUUAGUUGUUGUUUCCAGCACACACAAUAAAUUUUAGUGCACACUGCAGAUUAGCAUAGCCCAAAGCCUUUACAUGUGGUGUCCUGGAGAAAAUGUAGUGGAUGUCCUGAUAGUAUUGUGGCCUGUCUCCUGUUUGGAUACAUCAUUUUAUUUUUCUGUUUGGAUCAUGUGAAAACACAUUGGGAGUUGAAACACUGUUAUUUCCAAAUCUUCUGCAUGACUAAAUAUAUUUAGUGAAUCUAGGAAACCUUAUAACAAGACACAACUUCCAAACCAUAUCAUUGAGAUUUCAUUUGGAUUCUUUGGGUAGUUAUCCUAGUUUCCCUGCUGCUUGCCUUUUUUUUGGCAUCCAAUGUCAAAAUGUACUGAUGCUCUAAAUUUCAGUGAAUGCCACAUUUUGUUCUGUAAAAUUAAUUUACCUUGAGGUUUUCCUCUGACUUGCUAACAAUAGCUAUGUGGUUAACAUACCUCAAGUUUCUGAAUUACAUUUCUAAAGAAAUAUUAACUGUCUUCCCAAAAUGCCAUAAUUAUUUCUUCUGGUAUCUUGAUAAUUUAACAGACCUCUCCACUGUUCUUAUAUGUAAAUUCACUUUUGGACUAAACUCAGUAAACAGUCAGCCAGGGGGGCAUUAUUGAUAGUAGUGUUGAUUUUGAGUAAGGG